UCAUCACUCAGACCCAAUGGGCAAAGACAAUGUCGGAUGUCCUUAGGUUGCAAUUACCUUGGCUUACUAUACGGAACCAACUCGUCAAGACCAAUGAUGAAGGCUUAGUGGAGUAUGAGUCGUGUCUCCAACAGGAGGUGAAUUUUAAUGGCAGUCAAAAGAAUGGACCUAGUUUCACAGAAGUGAUUUAUCGUAACAGGAGUGCAUUGGAGACCAUCUUCAGAACACUUGAUAAAGAUCACUCAGGUUGCAUCACCAUGGAUGAAUUUUCUGAGGGGUGUAAGAUGUUAAGUAAACAUCUACAGGCUCAGAUGUCGGAAGAAACAGUAACAGACAUGGCAAGAAGUUUGGACUUAAACAGAGAUGGACAGAUCGACUUCAAUGAGUUUUUGGAAGCUUUUAGAUUAGUUGAUACACAGA